GAAGACGUCGUGGUCAGCUGAUCGCGUGAAGUUGCCUACUGGUGGCUAGUGUCAGUGCGCGUCUAUUGUUGUUGCGUUUCUUCUUGUUCUUCUCGCGUUACUCUGUUCUAUUUCGGUCUCGCCUCCAGCAUCCGCGUCUCUUCCAGUCUUCCGCGAGACGUAUUGUCUCAUUCUUCCGUGAGGUAGCUCGAACGACGGGAGACUCGCCAUGGGUCUCGUGUGUUCAACGGCUCAGCUUGCAUGCUUGUGUGGCAGCGCAGCUUGCAGUUUCUGUUGCUCCCAAUGUCCCUCAUGCAGGAACAGCACGAGCACUCGCAUCAUGUAUGCACUGAUCUUGCUGCUGGGUACCAUCGCCGCCUGUAUUACUCUGGCUCCUGGUCUUGAAAGUGCUCUCAAAAAGGUCCCAUUCUGCACAAACAGCUCUAAUUACGUUCCAUCGAAUUUUGCUUUUGAUUGUGAGCACGCAGUCGGUUAUUUGGCGGUUUAUAGAAUAUGUUUUAUUCUCGCCUUAUACUUCUUUUUGAUGUCCGUGAUCAUGAUCAGGGUGAGAAGUUCACGGGAUCCACGGGCGCCCAUACAAAAUGGAUUCUGGGCAAUCAAGUAUCUUUUAAUAAUCGGUGGGAUUAUUGGCGCCUUUUUUAUCCCAGAAAACUCAUUUGGAAUUACAUGGAUGUACUUCGGGAUGCUUGGAGGUUUUCUUUUUAUAAUUAUCCAAUUGAUUCUGAUCGUUGACUUCGCCCAUACCUGGGCUGACGCUUGGGUAGGAAAUUAUGAGACCACCGAAUCGAAAGGAUGGUACGCAGCAUUGUUGGGCGCAACUUUCUUCAAUUAUGCUAUCUCUAUUACCGGAGCGGUGCUACUUUACAUAUAUUAUACACAUCAAAGUACGUGUGCCCUGAAUAAGUUUUUCAUUUCAUUUAAUUUGAUUCUGUGCGUCAUUAUCGGUAUUGUGUCAAUUUUACCAACUGUACAAGAACAUCAGCCACGAUCCGGACUUCUUCAGUCCUCUGUGGUAACAUUGUACGUGGUAUAUCUAACGUGGAGCGGUAUAUCAAACGGUCCAGAUCGCGCCUGUAAUCCUGGCCUCAUCCCUGGCUUAUCCUCACAAAAUCGCGUUACGUUUGAUAAGGAGAGCAUCAUUGGACUUAUAAUAUGGUUUAGUUGCGUUUUAUACAGUUCUUUACGUACGGCGUCUAAAUCAUCGAAGAUUACAAUGUCCGAAAAUGUAUUAGUUCAGGAUAAUGGAGCUGUUAGGAAUGCGGGAGAGCAGUCUCUUAUCGGCAAUGAAGAUUAUACUCCAGUAGAAGGACGUAAUGCCGAUGCCGAAGGUGGGAACGAUGCCAAAGUUUGGGACAAUGAGGAAGAAAAAGUGGCGUAUAAUUGGAGUUUCUUCCAUCUCAUGUUCGCCCUGGCCACUUUAUAUGUUAUGAUGACACUUACGAAUUGGUACAAACCGAACGUUUCCAAUCUGGAGACAUUAAAUGCCAACACUGCUUCGAUGUGGGUAAAGAUUAUUUCUUCAUGGAUGUGCUUGGGUCUUUAUGUAUGGUCGCUGGUAGCGCCUGCUAUAUUCCCGAAUAGAGAUUUCUCGUAAACUUCUGGAUUUAUUGUAAGCCCGAAAUUCAGGAGUUUAUGAAACAGACAUUUCUCUGCUUAUGAUCUAACAUUGAAAUGCUAUUUAUGAUUAUAUUUAAGUCAAAUAAUGCAAUAUGAAAUAUUGCGUGUUAAAAUAUACUGAUAUAUUCCUAAGAAGUAGACAUCUAUAUGCAAGUAGACAUUCUGUUUGCUUUCUCAGCAACUACAUAUUUAAUAUAGAUAUGUGCAGAAUGGGCUGCAUGUAAUAUUUAGUUACUAAACUUCUCUUUAUUAACUUUUAUUAAUUUUUAGAUUAUACGCAAGACAAUGUAACUGAUUCGAUUCAUUAUCGCGCGCACGCGUUGUUCUGAGACUAACAGUUAUAUUAUCGUAUGCUUUGUAUAUUCUAAAAAUCAGUUCUAUUAAUGCCAUAAAUAUAAUUAGAUGUAUAAAAUUACAGUAUAAAAGAGAUAUGAUAGGAAAAUAACAUAUUUGUAUAAUCAAAUUACAUAUUUAUUGAUAAGGAAAAUUACAUAUUUUUAUUUAUAAAAAAAAUUAUAUAUCUAAUAUAAAAUUUUACGAUUGUUUGAAAAAUUUUUUCAGCAUCUAUUCGAUUUUUGUACUAUGCAAUACAUUGCAUGUACUCAAAUAAUAUUGCUGUACCAC